GACUUCAUUCUGUCACUGGCCGCGACUGGAUUCGGUUUAGUGUUGUGUGUACAUCCUGCAAGCGCGUAGCCUAAGCCAUAUAGAUCGUUGUGGUGUUGGUCGACGAGACCCUCGGUCGUAUAAUUUACAAUUUGAUUAAUUUAAUUAUCAUUUAACUGGAAAUCAAUAGUUUGCCUCGAUGUACGUGAAGGGAACUGCUGAACAGUGGAGUUAAAUGUUCCAGAAGUUUGGCGUCGAAUACAAUAAUAAUAAAUUAUAAUUAAUUGAAUUUUUGAUACAAAAUGGAGUCACGCUGUAGAUUGUGUUUUGAGGAGCGCUCGGAGAUGGAUCGUAUAUUUCCGGAUAACGACGACGAGGAUGAUGUAGAUUGGGAAUCUCAGGUGGCAAUAAAAAUUUUCAAAUGUACCUCGCUUCAGUUGCCAGUUGACGAUGAUGAUUUGACCGCCCAAAUUUGCAAAGCAUGUAUGACCAAGCUGGAUGAGUUCUUCCAAUUUCGAGUAACAUGUCGUAAAAAUAAUUUAGAGUAUUGUAAGCAGAAGCAAAAAGGGACAACUUCGAGUAAAGCAGAUGAUUCUGUCGAAGAGAGUAGAAAUGAAGAGCAAGACAAUGAUGAUAUGAAUUUGGACAAAUUGGAUGAGACAUUGCUUCGUGCAUUGGAAGGCAAAGAUGUAUCGAUGGAUGGAUCUCCGUUCGAUAAUACGUUUGCCAGUGAGGUGAAACCAGAAGAUUUGCUCAAGAUAAGUUUGGGAUUCAACGAAGAUCAAUCGAUGUCAGCGGAGGAGCCUGUCAGUUCUAGUUCUGCGCGAUGCAAUGAGUGUGGAGGAGAAUUUUCUUCAAACUUUGAACUCAGCCAACACAUGCAAUUCUGUGCUUCCCGCCCCAAGUCUGAUGGUUAUAAUCUGCAAAUCUCAAACGUCGUUGGUCGAGUCGAUCUUAGCUGUUUUAUCUGUCACAAAACGUUCUCGACCUUACAAGAACUCAAAUAUCAUGAAUCGAUGCAUUCCAAUACAAAUUCGAUGAAGUGCAACUUCUGUCUUCAGACUUUUACAUGCUCUCGGACUCUCAAGUUCCACAUGGACCAACAUAAAAUGAAAAACACCCUACCGGAUGGUCGCUUCAAGUGCGAUCUAUGCGACGCGACCUUCAAACUCUACGGAAACUUGAUCAUCCAUCGUAGAAGUCACACAGGAGAAAGACCCUACGCGUGCAACAUUUGUGGGCGAGCGUUCUCCACUUCCAGUAAUAUGAAAACCCACAUGAACGUUGUUCACUCGCAGGAUCGACCGUACAAGUGUCAGCAAUGUUAUAAAAGCUUCAACUCCGAGGCUCGUCUUCGAUCGCACGCGGAAACACAUUCAUAUCCGUUGGCUGGAGUGGCAAUUUCCGGCAGUUCGAGCGAUCCUGCAGGCUCAUUUGGUGGCGAGCUGUCCAGCACGUGUAAGAUUUGCAACAAAACCUUCAGCCAUCCGUCAUAUCUGACCAUUCAUUAUCGGGUACAUACCGGUGAACGACCUUACCAGUGCAAGUUUUGUUCCAGUGCAUUUGCCACCAGUGGUAACCUGAAGGUUCACAUGAGAAUUCAUGCCACACAGAAAGUGCGUCCCUAUAAAUGCAAUAUGUGUACGAAGUCUUUCCUUCACGCUAGCAAUUUGUCGGUUCAUAAGAAAACACAACAUUAUUAGUUUAGGCAAGAAGUGAGUGGUUGAAGAUUUUUCUGUAGA